CCCGCCCCCGCGCGGUGGUUCAUCUUCCAGCCGCCGGAUAAGAAAAAAAAAGAAAAAAAGAAAAAAAAGAUCUUUUCCCCGAUCAACAAUACCUCGAGCCGUUGUCGGGAUGGAGAGCCCCCGGAGGACCGCAGCCUGACCAGUGGCCGCUCUUCCUCUCCCUGGCCCACGCCCUGCCCUCAUCACCAUCACCAUCACCGGCGGCUGCCCGGCACCAUGUCCCCUCCUGCGUCGGCUGCGACAGCGAGCGGCAGCAGCGCGGCCACCGUUCCCGAGGAGGACACCAGAGAGGAGGACACCAGAGAGGCGGACACCAGAGAGGAGCAAAGACCCCUGAAGCAGUCUGUGGGCAAGUCCCUGUGUCGGGAGAGCUUCUGGAAAUGCCUGCUCUUGUCCAUUCUCAUGUACGGCUGCAUGGGAGCGAUGGUCUGGUGUCACGUCACCAAGGUCACCCGCCUCACCUUUGACAGUGCCUUCAAGGGGAAAUCCAUGAUGUACCAUGACACCCCCUGCUCUGACGGCUACAUCUACAUCCCUCUGGCCCUACUGGGCAUGCUCUAUUUAGUCUAUCUUGUGGAGUGCUGGCACUGUCACGUGAAGAAUGAGCUGCAGCACAAGGUGGACAUGGAGAGCAUCUACGAGCGCAUCCAGAAGAUGCAGCAAGCCAAACCCUGCAUCUGGUGGAAGGCCAUAAGCUACCACUAUGUCCGCCGAACGCGGCAAGUCACGCGCUACCGCAAUGGCGACGCUUACACGAGCACCCAGGUUUACCAUGAACGCGUGAACACCCACGUGGCGGAAGCGGAAUUCGACUACAGCCACUGUGGUGUGAAGGACGUUUCGAAGCAGCUGCUGGGCCUGGAGAAGUCUGCCCUCACAAAAAUGCGGUUCACCAAGUGCUUUAGUUUUGCCAACGUGGAGUCAGAGAACUCCUACCUUACACAACGAGCAAGGUUUUUCACUGACAACGAGGGCCUCGACGACUACAUGGAAGCCAGGGAGGGCAUGCACCUGAAAAACAUUGACCUGAAGGAGCAUGUCCUGGUGCUGUAUGACCCCGAUCACCAGCCCUGGUACCUGUCCCACUAUGUCUUCUGGUUUGCCUCGUUCCUCACUUUCUCCUGGCCUCUCAGAGUCUUCACUGAGUAUCGUACUGCGUAUGUCCACUAUCGCGUGGAGAAGCUCUUUGGGCACGAUUACCUCCCUGUGACCCCAUGUGAUGACCGGCCGUAUUGGCGCCGCAUCCCUCGUGUUAACACCAUUGACAGUACUGAAUUGGAAUGGCACAUUCGAUCCAACCAGCAGCUUGUGCCCAGUUACUCAGAGGCUGGCCUGAUGGACCUGGCCCAGUGCCCGUCCAACUUCAGCGGGGUUCGUCAGAAUUGUGAGCGCUGCCAUCGCGCCAUCAGCUGCUCCUCGGUGUUCUCCAGGAGCGCCCUCAGCAUCUGCACCGGUGCCAGCUCCCGCAUCCCCUUCAGCGGCAGUCGCUUCUCCCUGGCCCGGCACUACGGCUCUCAACGCAGCUGCUUCUGGAGGAGCGGCAGUCUGGACGACCAGGAGAGCCCCAGUGAAAACACCCGCUGUCUAUCAGAGCGUGUCACCACAGACGGCGAGGAACCCCCGGACUAUGACAAUGCUCUCUGCUACCCAGUGCUCAUUGUCCACUGCAGUGAGAACUGCCACAACCACAGGUCAUUUCACAGGCACGGCUCCUGUGUGGAGACUUCUUUAUGACUAUGCGGCCACUGAGAAAACACUGUGUCAUUUCUGUAGCAAACACACACGUUGACCAUCAGAGUGAGCAAAACAAGUCUUAAUGGGAGAUAGACAGAUUCAUGUUGUAUUGACACACUAUCUGAAACAAAUGUCGGAAUGCUGAAUGUGUGGAUCACUAAAGCAAUAACAGUGAUAAGUAAGUGGAGAACAAAGUGACGGUGGUGUGUGAACCGACUAGGAUACAAACACAUACAAAAAGCAUAUCUGCCCGGCUUCCCAUGAGAAACAAGCAAAGACUGUUACACUGUAUCGCCAUAGCUUUUAAGAUCUCAUAUGUGCAGUUCAUAUGAAACUGAAACUGAAGCUGCAGUUACCUCAUAAGACCUUUUAAGAGGCCACGGAACAGAUGGACAGGUUUAAAUGUCUUGUUCACUCUGUGAGAUAUCACUAACACCCCCCCACACACACACACACACCAGAAGUGACAAAGGAGGAUAAGUAAGAUAGAGGUGGAGCUGGGUUUUUUGUGUUUGUUUCGACAAGUGUAACCUACACAUAACCAUAGCAAUAACUGAAAAUAAAUGCCACUUUCUCAAGUGGAAGAGUAAAAGGAGGAUUAUCAUUCAAAUACUGUUUGUUGUGCUUGUGCACAUACACAGACAAGUCAUUGGAAACCUCUGACCCAAAAGAGACAAGUCUUGAAAACAGUCACUCUGUUACACUAGUCUGUGAUUUUUAAAAGUGUUGUAAUUAACUGUUUGCCUGAUCUAUUUUUUUUUCAUUUGGUGAUUUUCUACCUUUCCCAAAAUGCCUUUUGACAACUGCAAAUAACAGGUAUAGGUUUAUUUUUCAGCUGUUGGUGGGAAGUGACAUAGGAGAGUGACUGUUCUAAUUGAAAAAGAAAUCAGCACAAACCUGUCGUGUGGCUGCUUAGCAUUCUGGUCCACCGUGGGAUGGAGACUUUGAUAUGAUCGAUACGCUUCUGAGGGAUCUCUUCUUGUUUGACUGCCGACUGUUGGUGCUAUAUGGCAGCUAGUCGAUGGACUAGCAACUUAAAAAGUGUUUACAGUUGAUGCUUUUGAAAACAUGUUCAACCACAAACCUCCACUGCGGAUGUUGGAAUUGAUCUCAAUGUGAUGAUACAUUGUCGCAGCUUGGGCAUCUGCAAGGAAACGAGAAACAACCAAACUAAAUCAGAGAAGCUUUUUAUGUUGUUGAGGUGUUUCAGGGUGGAUUUGACCAACUGAAACACAGUUUGAAAAUCACUAUGAUCACUUAAGCAAGUACAUUAGUGUUUCUAACUUGGACAUUUUUGCUGCCUACUGCCAUGACAAAAACUUGCCGGCAACUGUGUGAAAAGCACAUAAACAUGUCAUUACAUUACAAUCAGACAAGAGACGUGAGUCAGUACGAUAAUCCAUCCAUCCAUCGUCUACCGCUAAAUCCACUUAAGGGUCGCGGGGGAGCUGGAGCCAAUCCCAGCUGACAUUGGGCGAGAGGCGGGGUUCACCCUGGACAGGUCGCCAGCCUAUCGCAGGGCCACAUACAGAGACGGACAAACAUUCACUCUCGCAUUCAUACCUACGGUCAAUUUAGGGUCUUCAAUUUACCUAAGCCCAUUCUGCAUGUCUUUGGACUGUGGGAGGAAGCCGGAGAACCCGGAGAAAACCCACGCAUACACGGGGAGAACAUGCAAACUCCACACAGAAAGGCCAAAAAAGGGACUCGAAGUCAGAAACUUCUUGCAGUGAGGUGACAGCACUAACCACUCGACCACCGUGCGGCACCAAUACAAUAAUAAUCUGUCAAAACAGAUGAUAAUCGUAAUGUCUCACAUAAGCAAAAAAAUGGUGUGGAUUUAGCUGCAUAAAGAUCAUAAGCACAUUAAAGCCAUGCUAAAAUUUGCAUGAUUUCCCUCUGCUAAGAUAAUGUGUUAACAACUAUAAAAACACACCUGAAUGUAAACCACCAGCAUAUAUAAUAUACUGUAGUAUAUGUCCCGUAUGUAGUAGAGGAUUACCCUCCAUUUUUAAUAUAUAAAAUUAUUUCACUGUACUGAAUGUGCUCAGAGAGUGAAAAGGGCACAGCACACAUUUCAUUUGACCAUGUUUUUCUACAAAGACUUUGGGUGUUCAUAUCUAAGUUACAUGGAGGAUGCCUGACUCUUUUUGAAUAAAGUUUGUGGGAAGUAUAUGCAAGGAUGUAAAUGCACUUACUUUUACACAUGCACAUCGUACAACCUUUAUAAUAGUGACUUUUUUUAGACCAAUUCACAGACACAUAUUAUAUGCAUCCUUGCAAAUAACAUAUUGUUCUUAUAUUGCUUUGAAUUAUGUAGUGACACCAGUAUUAUGCACUUGAAGUGACACUUAUGGACAUUAUGAAUUGUAGUGAAGAUGAAUGUUGAUGUAAAUUCCCUGAAAGUAAUUAAGUAUUCAAUCUGUAACAAGUAGAUAACUGCUUAAACAACACACAACCAUGUAAAGAUUCUUGUAAAAUGUUAAAAAUGUUCUUGCUGUUGUUAUAAUCACAUGGGCUGUAUAAAUAACCUGGUUAAAUUUUGAAAUAUGUAUUCACAUAUAUCUUAUCCUGGAUAAAUAAAAGGUGCAAUAAC